AUGGGCAAUGACAGCCAGCAGGCUUGUGGUCGGCUCAGCCCCAGGCGCUGGACUCUUCACCCGGUGAGGCAGGAGAGGCACCAGGCUGGAGGACACCGGGCAGAACUUCAACAAGUCUCCAUGAGCAUGGGCCUUCGAGAUCACGGCUACGGGUUGGACGAUGACGAGCUGGACAGCGCCAGCAAGAUCUCAUCAGAGGACAGCGGAGACGUCCCCUCCAACAUCGAGGACAGCGACGACUCGUACUCGCUGGAUCUGGACAUGGACUCGUCCAGCACCGGCCAGAUGAACCUGCUGGAGGAGAUCCUGGACUCACUGAACACCACCACGGUGGAGCAGGGGAAACUCAGCGCCGCCAAGAGCCUGGACUUCUUCAGGUCCAUGGAAGAUCUGGACUACACGACCCCGAUCAAGCCCACACCUUCCAGUGAGUCGAAACCCACAGAUGAGAGCGGCGGGGGUGGAGGGGGAGGGGGAGGGGGCGGGGACCAAACCGGGUGGAACAUGGGCCAAGACGACAGCGCCGUCCACGGCAAACACCUGCCGCCGUCCCCCCGCCGCCAGCCCACCAAGAGCAGCCUGAAGGUGGCGAAGAAACCAGCGGCAACUCCCCCGGUGCCCAUCACCGCCCCCCCACCCCCACAGAAGGACAGUGACGCCCUCAAGUUCCAGUCCCUCCCCCAGCGGCCCAGUUAUGACCCCCCGCCGCCUCCACCCACGGGGCGACACUUCACAAACCGCUUCUCCUACUCGCCCUUAAUGUCCCGCAGAGUUACCCCCCCACCAUCUCCGACUCUGCCCCCGGCGUCCGCGUCUCAUCCGGACCCCUCCCCUGCGCCCACGGGCCGGACUCGGACCGUCUCAGACCCCCAGACCGGCGCCGAACCUCCUCAGGCCUCCAACCAGACUGCGUCCACCAGCAUCCUGAGGAGGAAGGUGCUGUCCAAGGAGACGGUGAGGCAGUACCAGGAGAAGGCUCUGCACCGGCAGGGCAGCAAGGAGGGCGGGGGGGGCAGGGGGGGCCCGUCCAGGAACAGUCACUCAGCUAUGCAGGUCCCGUGGGAGAAGGAGGUGUCCAAAGAGGGUCUCCUGGGGCUCAGCCUGUGUCUGGGUCAGGGGAAAAGCUCUGGGGCUCCCGGUGUCCCGGAUCAAGGCCUCCUGGAGGAGAUUGAGUCCAUGUGUUGCCUGGGCUCCGGCCUCCAAACCGGCCUCCAGCUCUCACAAGUUCACAUCAACAACAGCCGCCAGGUCCAGAGCAAAGCCUCCGACGAGUAACACGACAGACCGGGCUCCGACCGAAUGGGUUCCUCUCAAAGUCGUUCACUGAGUUUCUGUUCUUAAAUCGAGUAUCAAUCUCAGAGGAAACGACAGUCUAGAGCGGGGGUGUCAAACAUACGACCUGUGAGCCAAAACCGGCCCACCAAGGGGU